UACUACCACAAUGCAUCUCUCUACACGAGCUUUGUCGGCACUCGCUGCGUUCUGUCUGUGUGCUGGUGUCACUCAAGUGUUUGGACACGGAAAUCCGAAGCCUUGUCCUGUCUGUAGUGAAAUCCUUGCGAAUAUUGCAAACGGAAGUCGACCUCAACUGUCCUAUGAAUGCAACUGUGUAGUUAAAGACCUCAAGAUGACUAUGGCCCAACUUCGAACUACUAUAUCUAAUCUUGAAGGCCAGUUGGCAGACGUUACAGGACAACUGAAUACCACCCAGGCACAACUGAACGCUACAAAUCAACAACUACAGGCCAUCUGCCCAGACUCGACAGAUCUCCGGGCUGCUUGCGAUGCGGAUUCUGACUUCACUUUCUUGGAGUCUGGCGAUGGUUGUCAAGCUAUCUGUUACAACGUCAGCACCGCCAAAGUGAACUACGCAGGCGCAGAAGCGGCUUGUGCAGCUGCUGGUGGCGCCCUCAUCACUCUGGACACCAUGAAGAAGAACGCCCUGAUGAUCGAUGCGAUCAGAACAUCGAACCGUGACGACAGCUUCUGGAUCGGCCUCAAGUUCGUGACUGGUAACUGGGUGUGGCAAGGAACCGGUAACCAGAUGACGUUCUCCGACUGGGCGAACACCGAGCCAGACAACAAUCAGGACUGUGCGUCUUUAAAUAAGCUGCUUGCGAUGCGGAUCCAGACUUGACUUUCUUGGAGUCUGGCGAUGGUUGUGAAGCUACCACCCCAGCACCACCAUUGUGAUCUAUGCAGGCGCAGAAGUGGUUUGUGCAGCUGCUGGUGGCGCCCUCAUCACACUGGACACGCUGGAGAAGAACGCCCUGAUGGUGGAUACCAUCAGAACAUGUGAGUCAUAUAAUCAUGUUUACAUGUAGUAACAUAUUUCCUGUGCUGCACUGUGAUGUAACCAAUUCAAUUUGUCUGAACAGUCAAUGCAAGUAAAUGUUAAAGUGUUGGGGUUUUUUUUAACUGUCCUAAGAAUUAACACCGUUCUAUGGGACAGUACUAAAUAUGGAUGUUGUACAUUUAAAACAUUUUUUAAUAUCCAGCCAAUUCCUUCAGAAAGAGAGAUGAAUGUCUGAUACAUGUAUUGUUGUUUUCCUCUGUAUCCUAUAUAAUAUAUUAUCACUUGUUUUGUAGUGUGCAUAGCCAACAGCUUCUGGAUCGACCUCAAGUUUGUGGGUGAUCAGUGGGUGUGGCAAGGUAAUGGUAACCAAGCUACGUUCACAGAUUGGGCUUCUGGAGAACCCGAUAACAAUCAAGAUUGUGCAUCCUUGAACAAAGCUAAAAAGCAUCGCUGGUUUGACCGACCCUGCAGCAACGCUAACAGGAAUGGAGCACUUUGUGAAAUUACUGUGCCAUAAACCAACUUUGGUAAAUGAUAAAAUAAAAAAUCUAAUUAGCAAGU